UGAUACCACAAACGUUUUCAAACCAACAGUGUGUGCUCACAUGCGAGGAAGACAGUGGCUCAGCUUGUUUACUUAAAAACAAAAAUGGGGGCUACAUUACAUAUAUUUCCCGAAAACUCGUUUGGGUUUCUAGUUUGAAAUUUGCGCCUAUCAUGUGAGACAGCAACCUUAAGCAUGGAGGAAUCGUGGGAUUUUGAAUUCGUGGCUCGUAUUGUUGAUAGUUUGGUGUCCUUUCUGUCCGAGUUUGUGGAUGACUGGCUGGCCAACGACAUGAGAGUCGCAGUGUUUAAAAUACUGUUCAGCUGGCUCGUCCUCAGUCUCAUCGCGAUUCACUUCGCCUGGAAAGUGUACGGGAACACUGUCAACGAUAUGUACUACAGACAGGGAACUGGAGGACAGAAUGGAGGUACCCCUGACACAGCAUCCCAUCGGAGUGGAUGGGAGAGUGCAGCUGGUGAUGCCAUGAAAACCCACCGUGAGUGAUGAACCUGCUGCUGGACUAAGAAGAGCACAAACUCACAAGUUGGAGAACGGUGACUGCAUUCCUCCAAGAUGUUUAAAUAAAACAGAACCUGUGCCAUAAAACCCUUACAUGUAUAUUCAUUGGUACUUUUGACACUGUGAUGGACUGUGGUGCAAGAUUCAAGACCCAAACACAUGAAACUUUGUUCAAAUAUACCCAGUAGAAAUGUGCUAUGCAGUGCACUGCACAGAGAGCAUAUGAUCUGACAUCUAGUGGUUCCUACUCUUCUUUCAGGUUGUUUUGGAGACACUUUUAUUUGGAUAGAAUUCUGCAAGUUGAUAAGACCUGAGAGAUACACAAAUAAUAUCCUUUGACUACUAAAAACCGACAGCAAUGCUGGACAAAAUGAAAGGUCCCGAAUGUUCACAAACUGUUCACUAUUUGUAGAAAUCACAUAAUAUCAUUGAUUUGAGAUGUAAGAUAAUAGUCUGUAUAUAGAUAAGAAGACAUAAAUGUGCCUCUGACAUGCCUUCUGGUAUCCAAGGUUACUGCUGUCUUUUUGCUGUGAAAACAAUAAAAUGCAAUUUGUAUCUAGUUAUGUGGAUGGAAUAAAAGAGAACUUUGAUGUCAGCCAAAAAGGAAAGCUGCUUCAGAGUAGAGGAAGACUGAUAUAUUGGUUUUACCAAUUCAUCGGUGUCGAUAGUUGCUUUUUGGAACUAUUGGUUAUCUGCAGAAAUCUAUGCCAAUAGUUGCGAUAGGUUUUUUUUUUGUGUGUCUCCAACUGCAUAUCUUGUGAAUAAAAAUAAACCUUAUUCCUCAUUAAACCUCAUCUGGUGAAAAAAAU